UGGAUUUCUUCUUGUUUUGCAGUGUUGGACACUUUCUCACCAUGCUGACGACAUUUUAAAUAUCUGUCAACUUCCUACAGUUUUAACGGACAGAAACCUCUAAGACUUUGUACCCGAGGACAAAAGUGCAGCCACCAAUUGUCAGACUUUCAGGAUGAAUCUGGAAAAACUCAGCAAGCCUGAACUCCUGACACUGUUCAGUAUUCUUGAAGGAGAGCUUGAAGCAAGAGACCUUGUUAUAGAAGCUCUAAAGGCGCAACACAGAGAUACUUUCAUCGAAGAACGCUAUGGGAAAUACAACAUCAGUGACCCUCUAAUGGCCCUUCAGAGAGACUGUGAAACUCUAAAGGAGAAGAAUGACAGCGAGCAGCAGCCAGUGUGCACAAACCCCCUCUCCAUCCUCAAGGUGGUGAUGAAGCAAUGCAAGAACAUGCAGGAGCGCAUGCUGUCCCAGCUGGCCGCGGCCGAGAGCCGCCACCGCAAGGUAAUCCUUGACCUUGAAGAAGAAAGGCAGAGGCAUGCGCAGGACACCGCCGAAGGAGAUGACGUCACCUACAUGCUGGAGAAGGAGAGGGAGCGGCUGACGCAGCAGUUGGAAUUUGAAAAGUCACAAGUGAAAAAGUUCGAGAAAGAACAAAAGAAGCUGUGCAGUCAGUUGGAAGAGGAGCGCUCCCGGCACAAGCAGCUCUCGUCCAUGCUGGUGCUCGAGUGCAAGAAGGCCACGAGCAAGGCAGCUGAGGAAGGGCAGAAGGCGGGGGAGCUGAGCCUGAAACUGGAGAAGGAGAAGAGCCGGGCGAGUAAGCUGGAGGAGGAGUUGGCAGCUGAGCGGAAGCGAGGCCUGCAGACGGAGGCCCAGGUGGAGAAGCAGUUGUCUGAGUUCGAUAUUGAGAGGGAGCAGUUGAGAGCCAAACUCAACCGAGAAGAGAACCGGACCAGAACCCUGAAGGAGGAGAUGGAGAGCUUGAAGAAGCGUGUCAAAGACCUCGAGGCGGCACAGCGGCACAGGGCCACCAGCGAGCAGUGCAAGCAGCCAGUGACCACGUCCAGAGGCACAGCCACCGAGCCUCCUUUGCAAGUGUCUGUGCUUUGCCAAACGGAAGGUGUUCAGACAGAAAGAAGCCACGGGAGCAUCCUAGCCAAGCUGACAGACCCUGGACUUCCGGGUCCCACCACCCCUGCUUACUCGUAUGCAAAAGCUAAUGGCCACUGUGACCCAGAAAUACAAACUACCAGGGAAUUGGCAUCAGGCAGCAGCACAGAAAGCCAAGGGCCUCUACGAGAGAAAUCUGUGGUAUCAGCCCAGGAGAAACCAAUGGAGAACGGUGGGUGUCCUGUAGGACCUGAUGCUCCAGUCCCAAUGCCCAGUCACCUCCCUUCCAGUGGCAGCUCACUGUCUCCCAGCAGCACGGCCUCUUCCUCUCUGACGUCAUCUCCCUGCUCUUCCCCGGUUCUAACCAAGCGCCUGUUGGGGUCUUCAGCCAGCAGCCCUGGCUACCAGUCUUCCUACCAAGUAGGGAUCAACCAGCGGUUCCACGCAGCUCGGCACAAGUUUCAGUCCCAAGCUGAUCAAGAUCAGCAAGCCAGUGGUCUCCAGAGCCCUCCGUCCAGGGACCUGUCCCCUACCCUGCUAGACAACUCUGCUGCCAAGCAGCUGGCCCGAAACACAGUCACACAGGUGCUCUCCAGAUUCACUAACCAAGGGCCAAUCAAGCCAGUCUCUCCCAACAGCUCUCCCUUCGGGACAGACUAUCGAAAUCUGGCCAACACUGCCAACCCAAGAGGUGACACCAGCCAUUCCCCUACUCCAGGGAAAGUGUCCAGCCCUCUGAGCCCCCUGUCUCCGGGAAUCAAGUCCCCAACCAUCCCCAGAGCCGAGAGAGGAAACCCACCCCCAAUCCCACCCAAGAAACCCGGCCUCACCCCUUCCCAGUCUGCUGCCACUCCCGGGGCCAAGACUCAUUCCCAGGCAUCCUCCGUGACCACCACGGAAGACCUUGCCAGCAGCUGCUCUCCCAGCGCCGUGGUGGCCAACGGCAAGGAUGCUGAGAUACUUUUGCCUUCCAGCAGCUAGUCCCCAGGAGUGAAUCCCCACACUUUGACAUUCCAUCAGAUCUCGUCCAAGAGCUCAGAGUGAAACCUUGGAGCCAGAUAUGUUAUUUAUUUCGAUAGUAGCUACAGCCAUCUGUAUAAUACAUUGAGUGUAGUUACCUUUUUGUAUUUUUUUUUUUUAAAGUAGAAACUGAGUACUUUGGAUUUGUAUGACUCACCUCUUUGUACUAAGCUAGAAGGGGACCUCA